GAAGUCAGUCAUUUGUUUUGGUCGCACUAAAAAUUACAGAAAGUUUUCCUACAAAAUAUCGGUAUUUUCUACUCCAGAGAUAUCCUAACAAUCUAGGGAUCGAAAGUUUCCACAAUGGUUUCUGUUCUUUCUAACGGGAUAGAAAACUUGAAGUGGUCAGGAAGUAUUAAGUCAGUGGAGGACGAGGUUCGGCGAUUAAUUAAUGCAAGAAAUGUAAGAUUGACUGAGUACUUCAAAGACUUUGACCGCUUGAGAACUGGAUUCAUAUCAAAGAACCAGUUUGACCGAUGUCUUGAUCAGCUCUUUGGUGUUGUACUUAGUGCUGAAGAAGACUCUCUUUUGAUGGAGAAGUAUGGCUCAGAUCCAAAACAAAAAGGGAUGGUCAAUUACAGGAAGUUUUGUGAAGUUAUUGGUGCAGUUUUUAAUCCAAAUGAAUUGCAAGAAGAUCCUGCUACGCAGAGUAUUGGAGUUGAUGCUAGUGCACCAACAGAUAGAAGACCUCUCAGCCCUGCAUCUCUGUCAAAGUGUGAUGAACUGCUAAGGCGAAUGGCUGUUCAUUAUAAGUACCAUGGCAUCAAUAUCAAAACUUGCUAUGCAGACUUUGAUAAACAUCACAUUGGUGUUGUCACGGAACCACAGUUUUACCGCAGCUUUCCCGGGCCACCUGAUAUAACAGAUGGUGAAGUUAAGCUACUUGGGAAGAAAUAUAGAGAUCCUGCUCGCCCUGGUCUAUGCAACUAUUAUAACUUUCACUUUGACAUUGAGAAUAAGCAAAGAGAUCUUCAAGACGAAGCUGAUUUCACAAAAUUUGCCCCCAAUCAAGACAACAAUAACUUGGGAUCAAGGGGCCCAGGAACGCCUACUUUGGAUGAUAUAUUCGAAAAAAUACGAGUAGCAGUGUUUAAGAAUGGUAUAAGAACAACAGAGUUCUUCUGUGACCACGAUAAGCUAAGAAGCGGGAUUAUYACAGAGAACCAGUUUAUCUGUGGUCUUACUCUGUGUUGUGGGUCUCAAGCCAAUCUGAGCCGCAAUGAAAUCCAAAAAGUGGUCGAUGCUUUCAAGACUGAUGAUGGACGUGUUGUUUACAAGGAAUUCUGUGACAUGAUGGAGAAUACUUUUACCUUACGAGACUUGGAGAAACARCCUACAGCUGAUCCAUACCGUCCCCCUGUUGGGGCUCUUGCAAAGGCCCCUAAUCUAUUGAGYAAUGCAGAAGAGGCUCGCGUACAAGAGAUUUUGAAGGGAUUGAUUGAUAAAGUACGAAAACGUAGACUGAUGGUGUAUCCUUACUUCAAAGACUACGACAGGAGCAAGGGAUACACUAGAGGUGUWACCAAGACACAGUUUGCAAGACUGUUACACUUCCUGUCRUUAGACCUGCARCCACGUGAACUUGAGCUGAUCUGCAAAAAGUACGAAUACCCGGUGGGUGGGGACAUCAAUUAUCCAGCCUUCAGCCAAGCUAUUGAUUCAGAGUAUACAGGGACCUCAACAACACUCGGGAAUGACGCAGAAAAUGGCAGGAAAACUUCACCAGUGCCCAAACAGCGUGACGUCGAUUUAAGCACUGUCAAUCCUGAAGAGCUGAUUGGUCGAAUAAGAUAUCACGUACUCGUUAACCGACUGAGAGUGGAGGARUUUUUCCAAGACUUUGACCCACUGCGGCAUGGAUCGAUAAGUAAAGGUCAAUUUAGACAAUGCCUGAACUCACUUGGUUUGAACUUAACUGAGGCGCAGUUUGAAGUCUUGUCAUUGUACUAUGAGGAUCAGAAACGACCCGGUAAUACCAUGUGGACACGGUUCCUCACAGACGUCGAGAUUGAUACUCUGUAAACCGAUCUUCCAAGACUUUGAUAAGCAUAACAACGGYCACGUGACUAAGUCCCAGGCCCGUCAGUGCUUGCUCAAUCUCGGUCUUACCAAUACUGAACAAGAAAUGAAGGUAAUCGAAGCAAGAUACUCAGAUGACACAGGAUUCAACUAUAUGGAGUUAUUAGAGGAACUACAACCAACAGACAAACCUGAACUGAUGUACACAAAGAGACUCGACUUGUUAAAGAUUGUCAACAGUAAAGAGAUUCCUGACUGGGGUCACGACAACCUUGCGUCAAUUAUGCAUAAAAUUAAAUCAAAAGUCAUGAAGGAAAGGGUUCGAGUCCUGGAAUUCAUGAAGGAUUACGACAAACUAAGAACAGGAAGGAUGAGUCGAGUUAACUUUGCUCGUGCGAUGGACCUUAGUUCGUUAGGAUUGACUAAGAUGGAGGUCGAGAAGAUUAUGGACGCAUAUGCGUCAUAUGGUUACCCUGAUUUCAUCAACUACCUGCAGUUCUGUGACGAUGUCGAGGAGAUAUUCACUCUCAAGAACUUAGAAAAGAAUCCAUUAGUAACCCCUGAACAGUUCAACACAACCAAAGAAAGCGAGAACAAGAAACUGGAUGACCCGAACGCCGAGGAAAUGCUUGAACGUGUCAUGCACCGUCUCGCUGACCGUGUUCGCAUUCGACGCGUUCAAAUCUUCCCGCUCUUCGAGGACUAUGACCGAGUACACAACGGCACGGUAUCACGUGGUCAGUUCCAUCGCGUGCUGAGCGAACUUGAYCUAGGGGGRCUGGUUAGCACCAGAGAGUUUACUGUUCUGUAUAAAAAGUUUGAUGUUAUAAUCGGAUUGAAACAUGAUUUCAAUUAUAUUUCCUUCUGUGAUAUGAUCAAUGACUACGCCAACUUCCAAUUUGGAAUGCCUUGAAUAAUUGAAUAUUUAUUGUUAAUAAGCAGAUAUAUAUUGUAUUGUGUACCAAGUAAUGCAAUAAAUUGUAUUUUAACCUAC